UAGAAACCCUAAUUGACAUAUAAAACCCUUAGCCGAUCAAAAAUACAUCUGCGUUUGUCGGAAAUAUCGCCGGAAAAAUGGGUUACGGGAAGAACAAACGAUCUAGAGGAGGCAAUUCGAAUCGAGGCCAAACCAGUCGGACUGACAAUCUUGGAAGGGAAGAUGAAUCACUUCCGCGAGAUCAAGAACCUGAGGAUGAAGCACCAGUUCCUAAAGUUCAGUUGGCAAUGUGGGAUUUUGGUCAAUGUGAUGCAAAGAGGUGCACGGGUCGUAAGCUUGCUAGAUUCAACUUGUUAAAAGAAUUACGGGUUAACACAGGCUUUGGAGGAGUUGUUUUAAGUCCAGUUGGUAGACAAUGUGUUUCAAGGGAAGACUAUGAUCUGAUUAAAAGAAAAGGAUUAGCCGUUGUCGAUUGUUCUUGGGCACGUCUAACUGAUGUCCCGUUUGCAAAGCUGCGUUGUACUGCUCCUCGUCUCUUACCAUGGUUAGUAGCAGCUAAUCCAGUAAAUUAUGGAAGACCAUGUGAGCUAUCUUGUGUUGAGGCUUUAUCUGCAGCUUUAAUACUAUGUGGGGAGGAGGAAACUGCAGAACUUUUGCUAGGAAAAUUCAAAUGGGGUCAUGCCUUUUUAUCUCUCAACAAGGAUAUUCUAAAGGAGUACUCAAAAUGCCAGAAUAGCGCUGAAAUCAUCUCAGUUCAAAAUUCUUGGCUUACUCAGCAAACUCAGAUCCCAAAACAACCACCUGCGCUUGAAGAACGUGUUAAGAAAGAUGGUGAAUCUGGUGAUGAAUCAGAGGAUGAUGAUGAAGAUGGUCUUCCUCCUCUAGAGAGGAACAUGAACCAUAUCAACUUGGAAGACAGCGAGGAAGAAGAUGACAACAGCGAGUGAUAUAGCCAAUGGAGAAUUUUAUUGCAAUGAUGUUAAGUUAUCACCGUAGUCUUGUGGUGUAUAAAUACCAUGUUAUAGUGUCUUCAUCUUUUAUAUUUAAUAAUAAAAAUAUCUACCAUGUUAUAGUGUCUUCA